AUGCUUAGUGACGUAGUGCGGCCCAUCAUCGGCGAGUGGUUCACAGGUACGGACGCCGUCUGGACGGGAAUAGCUGGCGGCGGCGGACGCUCGGAAAUAGCGCAGACGCGCUCCGACAACGCGACGCUUUCGGAUACAACUACGCAGAUAAAUAGUAUUAAAAGUGGGUUUGAGGCCUUAGGCCAUUCUGACAAAUCACCAUAUAAAUUGAAGCCUGAUGGACCUAAUCAGGUUAAAUUAAACUUCAAGAACCAAGCAAUGGAACCC